GGCCCACUGUAGGUACUCGAUUUUUUGGUCGUCACGUUUGUAAAGGAUUACAAAACUUCAAGUGCAAACACACUGACGAGCCUUUUCCAGCCAUUAGCAUCGACAAGAUGGUGAACAUUCCUAAAUCGCGCAAGACCUUCUGCAAGGGCAAAGAGUGCAAACGCCACCGUCUGCACAAGGUCACUCAGUACAAGGCCGGUAAGGCGUCCCUUUACGCUCAGGGUAAGCGUCGUUACGACCGAAAGCAGUCCGGUUUCGGAGGUCAGACCAAGCCCGUUUUCAGAAAGAAGGCUAAGACCACCAAGAAGAUCUGUCUUCGUCUGGAAUGCACUCACUGCAGAGCAAAGAAGCAGCUCGUGAUUAAGCGAUGCAAGCACUUCGAGCUGGGUGGAGACAAGAAGCGCAAGGGAAUGGCCAUUGCCUUCUAAAGGUUUCAUUUACCACAAGUUCGUUUAUUGUAUGUGCAUUUCGAUGAAUUAAUAAUGCAAAUGAUAAAAUAUAAACGGUGUAAAGGCUUAGAGAAACUCGAAUUGUACUGUCACUUCGAUUUACUAUCCGGGAAGCGGAUUUGUCACUCUAGUCCUAUCUGUUUACGGUUGCAUUUUGUGUCACUAAGAAUGCAUCUUAGAAUGGUGAUAUUUUGUCGUUUCUAGGAUAAGAGAGGCUAUAUAUUUGGGUUUCCACUCGAAUUGUGGCAUAAAAAAUUCCUUGUAAAUCAACGUAUGUGGUGCGGGAUGCUGUCGUAUUGAGGGCUAUAAACGACAAUAUUGUGC